UGGCUAUAGUGGAAAUUCAUUACAAAAGUAGUCACAAUUUAUUUAUUUAAUAGUAUCAUUAAAUUAACUUGUUCUAAACAAGUGCUGGGUGUUGCUGUACGAUCCGUUUUUAAACCGUUCCACGGCCACAUUCGCACGAUGGCAGAUCAGUCUGCGUUAGUCGACGAAUACUUCGAGUCGGCGCUGUCUUUAGUAAAAACUUCCGGAAACCUUAUAAAAGAUCAUAUUACUGGAUGUAAGGACUUCGUAUUGAAGUCGUGUGAUAUCGAUUUGGUGACAGAAAUAGAUAAAAAGGUAGAAGAAACUUUGAUAGGAGGGAUUUCAAAACUAUAUCCCGAUCAUAUGUUUAUCGGCGAGGAAGCGGUGUCCGAUGGCGCUAAAUGCGAGCUAACUGAUGCGCCCACAUGGGUAAUAGAUCCCGUCGACGGAACUAUGAAUUUUGUCCAUGGUUUUCCACACAGCUGCAUCUCUUUGGGACUUCUUAUCAACAAGGAGGCAGUUGCUGGUAUUGUGUACAAUCCUAUCCUGGAGCAGUUGUUCACAGCAAAGAAAGGUAAAGGUGCGUUUUAUAACGGCCGACAGAUACAUGUGUCUCAAAUUAAGGAGUUGAGUAAAGCUUUGAUCAUGACAGAGGCUGGUACAAGUCGAGACCCUGAAAGACAAAAAGUCCUUUUUGAAAACUUUAAAAUGGUAAUUACUAAGGCCCAUGGCAUAAGAACCUUGGGAUCUGCUGCCUUGAAUAUGUGCAUGGUGGCAUUGGGAGGGGCCGAUCUUAACUUUGAGUUUGGUAUACAUGCUUGGGAUAUAGCUGCGGGUGACAUUAUUGUCCGGGAAGCGGGUGGCGUCUGUAUUGAUCCCGCUGGGGGCCCCUUUGAUGUUCUAUCUCGUAGGGUCUUGUGUGCAAGCACUGAAGAGCUGGCACAAGAAAUGGCAAAAAAUUUGUGCCAAUUUUAUCCUGAGAGAGAUUAAAUACACGGAUGUGAUUUGAGUCUCAUUAAGUCAUUACUGAUGCUAAGUUGGUUAUGUAAGUUGAUCGGUAAGUUUACAGUCACUUAAAGUAAAUAAUGCAGUUUAUUAUACAUGCGCUUCUUGUGUAGAAAUUAUUUAGAGUUACCAUAUUUAUGAGCAAUGUAUAAUGAAGGAAUUUAAUUUCAGUACCAUUUCGUACCUUGUCAUAGUGACAAUCAAUAUGAAAGUUUCUAGUUUCUAUGACAAGGUACUAAAUGGUACUGAAAUAAAAUUCCUCCACCAUACCUACUAUGAAUUAUUAUUUCAUGGUUGAUGUGACUAGUAUGUUCUAGAAUUCACUGUACUUACUUAAUAUUAAAAUUUAGAAUAUUAUUUAUUUAAAUCACUAUUUGAUAGUGACAUACAAGUAAUGAUCAAAAAUCAUACCAAAUGAAUAAGACCAUAAUACACAUAAUUAUUUAAGAUCAAGAAUC